AUGAUGUAUUGUUGUUCAUCGGAUAUGUGUCGAUCAAUCAUCGAACAACAUUUAAAAAAUGAUUUAUUUAAACGUUUUGAUAAAAAAAAAGAAGAUUUUUUAUAUGAAUUUAAUUAUUUGGAAACAAUUCGUGAUAUAAAUCGUCAAUAUGAUGAAAUUGUUUUAACAAAUUGUAUAAUUGAUGAAAGAAUUUUUUUAGAAAAUAAAUUUCAAUUAAAUGACUUAUGUAAUUCAUUAAAUGAAUAUCGAUAUUCAAAAUCUUCUCAAAAUCUAACAUCAUUAACAGCAAAUCAACAUAUUACAUAG